CCCUUCAAGGGAAUCAUCUCUUCUUGCCUAUUCAUAUCACUUCAAAGUUCACCCUAAUGUCAAAAAUGGCCUUCCCAUCUGUGCUCUCUCCUGUCUUUUCUUCCUCAUGCUGUUGGUCUCCGUUGAUGGUCAAGAGGAUAAUAUUUUCCAUGGAACCAAACAUCCGUUCUUCUUGUUUCCUUGAUUCUAGGAGAGAAGGCAGCCUCUCUAUCUCCUACUGCAAGCACAGAAUGAACCAGACAGUUGGAUUCUAAUGGUGCUAUCCUCACUGAGCUUACCUCUAUUUUUUUUCGUUUCUUUUCUUUUCUUUUCGUUUUUUCAUUUGAUUUUCACUUCAACUUUUUCUUGACCUUGCAAGACUUUUGAAGUUUUAUUUAGUAAUUUUAAUAGUAUUUUGUUUAAUUUUUGCUUAUAUUUUUCAUGUUUCUCUUGAUCAAUCCUCCCACCUUCUCAUUUCUUUUCUAUUCCUCCUGAGCUUUUACUUGCAGUAAGCAGAAACCUUCUGCCGUAGCAGUCCUCCAUGGCUUGCACUUUGUACCUAGUAUAUAUAUAUCAGCCACUUUGUACCUGGUAUAUAUUUCAAUUCCUAUAUCUGUACUCAAUAUUGUAACUUCUGUUAUGUUAUAUAGAUAUGAAGGCUUCUUUCAUGAGUAUAAAUGAAUAUAUAUUAU